GAACCGGCCUAACGGCCCUAUGAUGACGAUGGACGUGUCCAAAACCGAGGGUGGUACAAAGACCGCUAACUCGAGCGCAUCACCUCAAGAAUGCGCUGGAUGCUGCAAGCCCAUCACCGAGCGCUACCUCCUCAAAGCCCUCGACAUGUUCUGGCACGAGGACUGCCUCAAGUGCGGUUGCUGCGACUGCCGGCUGGGCGAAGUCGGAUCGACGCUCUACACCAAAGCUAAUUUGAUACUGUGCAAAAGGGACUAUUUGAGACUGUUCGGCAACACUGGCUAUUGUGCGGCCUGUAGUAAAGUUAUACCGGCGUUCGAGAUGGUGAUGAGGGCGAGAAGUAACGUGUACCAUUUGGAGUGUUUCGCUUGUCAGCAGUGUAAUCACAGGUAA